AUGUGCGCAGCCGGCGUCACAGCGACAGCUUAUGGCUUCGGAAAGCGCUCCGUACUCGUCACGGCGUCCGAGCUCCCGAUGAUGCGGCUAUACAGCGGCAUGGUGGCCUCGGUGGCCUGGAGCCUGUCCAUCACGUCGGCCAAGGCCUCCUUCGCCGUCAUGUUCCUCAGGAUCCUCCAACCGACGGGCGGGAGCUGGGUCAGGCCGUUGAAUAUUUCGAUCCUCGUGUUCCUGGCCUGCCAAGCGACCGAGGAGAUCUUGGUGGUGCUGCUGCAGUGCAAGCCUUUUGCCAAGGCCUUUGAUGACACCAUCGAUGGGAACUGCUACAGCUUGGAGACCAUGUGGUUGUGCGACCCCGUGUGCACCCCACAACGAUUCACAAGACGGAACAAGACUAAAAAGCCCGAAUUUGCCACCUACCCCGACAACGCCAAAACGACAGACGAAACCGCCCUCGCCGUCAUCCUUUGCCAGCUCGAGAUCGCCUGCAUCAUAAUCUGCAGCUGCGUGCCGGCGCUGAACCAGUUCAUCCGCGGCAUGGGCUGCCUCGGCCGCAUCGUCAACAGCACCGCAAACAACAACAGCUACAGCCUGCCGCAGUUCUACGCCCGGUCGGGCCAGUGGCGCCGGCGGCGGAGCGACACGGUCAACGACGUCGUGUACAGGGACAGUGCCGAGUCGCGGGGCAUGGAGGCGGCCGAUGAAGAGCAGCACCGGCGACGGCGGCCGCGGCGCCCGUGGCGUCGCGCACAAGAGAGACAGCAGCAGCAGCAGCAGCAGCACGAGGAGGAAAACGACCAGCCUCAAACCCAAGGGGAGAGGCGGGAGAGGAAACAGUGGGGUCUGCGCUCCUGCUGGAAGAUCAUUUCCACCAGCACCCGAACCAUGUCGUCGGCCCCGACGGGCGGCGGCGGGACGACCCUAGUGACGUUGACGCCCGAGUCGGCGAUGGAGGAGCUCGGGCUGGAGCUGAACCCGCUGCGGGACGACCAUCUGGCCGAGGAGACGGCGCGGAGGUUCGUCACGCGGGAGGGCGUCGAGAUGUGGCACCAGCCGGGGAGCAUCGAGCGUAGGGCAAGCCACAGCUCGACGACCAGCCAAGAAGCCGCGAACCAGGCCGUGGCUGGUGGAUUGGGAGGAGCCGCCAGCGAGGACUCGGAUCCGACGCUUGCUACGGUUGGCGGUCUGACCGUCAACAUCCCGACGUGGCUGGACCACGUGUCCGACGGAGAGAUGGAGAUUUGCCUGCACAAGACCAACCCCGAAAAGUUCAGGGACGAGGGGGUCGCUGCUAGCAAUGCGGGAGAGAAGAGGGGCCUGGAUUCACCCGACAGUGCGGACCAACGAGAGCAUGUCGACGACGACGACAAGGGCAACGAAGCUGAUGACGACUGGGUUUCUGCCGCAGAACACAGGAGUGACUCCGGGUCAAGGGACUCGGGAUCAGAAGGCCGCCAGACCCCUAGCCCUGGACUGGGCGCUGGGGUUUUGGGGACUAACAUGACGAGUCACGAAAAGGGGGGCUGA